GAGAGAGAGAGAGAGAGAGAGAGAGAAGGCAGACAGACACGGAGUAGGAGCCCUUAACUACUGGUACUCGAACUGCUCUACGCUGGAUAACAUACUGGCUAAUCUAUUACUCAAUCCCUGAAGGACUUCUAUCUCUGAUUCACCUUAAAGGAACCUUUGUUUAAAUCUGAAGAUCAUUUUGGUACAGAGAAGUGCUAGAAAGACUACAAUACUGCUUGGAUUCAAAGAAGUUGACUCUUUGUGAGAUGUGAAAACAACAAUCUCCCCUUGUAUCAAAAUCUCAGCUGAGCCCUUGGGGUGGUUUGACUGUAUGGAGGCUGAUUGGCUGUCCGUCCUGGGAGGCUCGUUGUGAGGUGAAAGGUCAUCAUUCCGAGGCCAGAAUUGUCUGCAGUCCCGGAGAAGCUUCACUUUCACAACAGAGCACAGGUCUCCCAUUUAGGGAGCCCAGACCUACAGGAAGAGAGGGAGAGAAAAUAAACACGGGAGAAAAAGACGCUGUUCAUGAAUUCCCCCAAAUCCUGAAAAACAAACAGUGUGAGUUGGCUGGCAGUCGUGAGGAGAGGAGCCAUGUGGACAAUAAGCAUGGCCCAGCUCUGUCUCCCGGCCUUCACUCUCCUACUGGCCUACGCCUUUGUCCAAGCAGCUGCCACCGAAGACGAUGUCACUCCACGACUCAGCUUCACUUACAAUGCAAAGGAGAGAUCAGCCAAGAGAUUCUCUGUGGAUGGAGUCUUCAAUUACACGUCUCUGCUCCUCAGUAAAGAAGAUAACAUGCUCUAUGUUGGAGCACGAGAGGAGCUCUUCGCCCUCAACCUCUCUGAUAUCAGCAGAGUCAAACUACAACGCAAUCUUACAUGGAGUACCCCGAAAAUAAAGAGAGACGAGUGCAGUUUCAAAGGCAAAGACCUACAGACGGAUUGCUUCAAUUACAUCAAGAUUUUACUGCGUGUGAACAGUACCCAUCUAUACGUGUGUGGAACGUACGCCUUCAGCCCAAUCUGUGCAUACAUAAACACAGCUGACUUCACCCUGGUGAGAAGCCAGACUGGAGAGAUAGUGACAGAGGACGGACGCAGCCGCUGCCCUUUCAACCCUGAGUACAAGUCCACUGCCAUCAUGGCCGAUGGAGAACUGUAUGCUGGUACGGUCAGUAAUUUCCAAGGAAAUGAACCUAUCAUUUACAAGAGCCUGGGCCAAGGCGCUGCCCUGAAAACAGAAAACUCCUUGAACUGGCUCCAAGACCCAGCCUUUGUGGGCUCUGCCUACAUCCAGGAGAGCCUGCCCAAAGGCAACCCAGUGGGCCACGACGAUAAGAUUUACUUCUUCUUCAGCGAAGCGGGAAAAGAGUUUGAUUUUUUUGACAAAACCAUUGUGUCACGCAUCGCUCGCGUGUGUAAGGGUGACAAAGGAGGAGAGCGGGUGCUGCAGAAGAAAUGGACCACCUUCCUAAAAGCACAGCUCCUCUGUUCGCUGCCUGACGAUGGCUUCCCCUUCAACAUCAUCCAGGACAUGUUUGUGUUGACGCCCCGCCCAGAAGACUGGAAGAACACCGUGUUCUAUGGGGUCUUCACUUCACAGUGGUAUAAAGGGGCCUCUGGCAGCUCAGCAGUGUGUGCCUUCACCAUGGAACAGGUGGAGAAGGCCUUCAACGGCCGUUACCGGGAGGUCAACCGGGAGACCCAGCAGUGGUACACCUACAACCACCCUGUCCCUGAGCCACGGCCUGGAACGUGCAUCACUAAUGCAGCCCGGGACCAUGGCAUCCCCUCCUCCAUGCACAUGCCUGACAAGGUAUUGAACUUCGUCAAGGACCACUUCCUGAUGGACAGUGUGAUCCGCAGCCAGCCCCUCCUGCUGAAACGCAGCGUCCGCUACACCCAGAUAGCUGUCCACCGGGUCCAGGCUAUCCACAAACACUACAAUGUGCUCUUCAUUGGAACAGAUGACGGAAGACUCCACAAAGCCAUUAAUGUCAACAACAAGAUGCACAUCAUUGAAGAGAUUGUGCUCUUCACUGACCCCCAGCCUGUAGAACACAUAGAACUGGAGUCUGAGAAGGGCCUGCUGUUUGUGUCCUCCUACUCUGGCCUGGUGGAGGUCCCUGUGGCUAACUGCUCCAACUACCAGAGCUGUGGAGAGUGUGUCCUGUCCAGAGACCCUUACUGUGCCUGGACAGGGAGGCAGUGCCUGGAUGUCAGGCUGGCUCCACCAGAUAGCCACUGGCAGCAGGAUGUGGACGAGGCAGACACAUCAGUUAUCUGCAACAAGACACAGCCCAGCCCUCGCUUUGUUAAACCCCCACCCACACGGAUGUCUUCAUGCCAGGUGAUAAUGAUCCCAGCCAACACAUUCAAAGUGCUGCCCUGUAAGCUGCGCUCCAACCUGGCUGAGAGGAAGUGGGAGUACAGUGAGGGUGCAGGUCACUUCCUGUACCCCAGUCCUGAGGGAGGUCUAGUGGUGGUGGCCCAGGCUGACAGACAGGAGACCUAUGAGUGCUGGUCAGUGGAGGAGGGCUUCAGACAACUCCUGGCCAACUACUGUGUGAGAGGUGAGGCCAGACAGGAGAGCACCACCCUGAUUGGCCACUCACGCACCCCUUUGGUCCCCCAGGAGGAGCCAAUCAUCCUACCUGGAGAGACCCGCUCCCCACAGAUCAACACCAAGACCUACUGGAACGAGCUGAUCGUAGUGUGUGCCCUGCUGGGCUUCUCCCUGGUGGUCUUCUCCCUGUUUGUGGUCUACAGGAACCGUGACCGCAUGAAGUCCAUGCUGAAGGAAGGUGAGUGUCCUAACAUGCAGCAGAAGAUACCCAGGAUAGUGGGGAAGCCAGCAGAAAACUUGCCUCUGAAUGGCAACAACACAGUUCCAGCAGCUGUGUCAGACCACAAGGGUUACCAGACCCUCAAUGACAACUACAUCUGCAACACGCCGUCACAUGAAUGCUCAUCACCAGACAACAGCAAGAGCUUCUCAGAGUCAGAGAAGAGGCCUCUGAACUUGAAGGAGAGCACUGUAGAGAUCUCACACACCUGCCCGCGGCCUCGGGUGAGACUGGGCUCAGAGAUCAAAGACUCCAUUGUGUGAGGACGGCUUUGAUCAACUUGAGCAGGAGAUAAAACUGUAAUGCAGAGUGACUAACUUUGAACUGUAAGGAAAGAGGGGACUAUAAGUGAAAGAAAAGAAAAACACUGAAGGAGGGAACACCGUCAACCUCUUCGCAAAGAGGGACAUUUCAUUACACUGAUUUUGCACAUUUGCCUUUUUCAUUUUGUCCCUUUAGUCAGUUCUCAUUUCUUUGUUCAGUGACUCUUCUUUCUCUAGUGCAUCUGAAGCACAAUGAAGAGAAGCUGAUACAGAUUGCCUUCAGACUAUUGAAGCCGUGGAAUUAUGCUCAUGGUGGGUAUAGGACACAUACAGCUGAUAUUGUCCUUCUGUAACCAUUUGUAUAUGGUUUAGUCAUGUUUGUAUGCUUUGCCACAAAAUCCGUCCAAAUACUCUGUUGGCAUUGAAUUGAAAGUAGAGAGAUACUCUAUGGGUCAAGAACUGACCCUUAACUCUCCCACCUACAUCCAUAAGCAUUGGCUUGGCCCUGCACUGAGACAGACUCAGUGCAUGGAUAGCAGUGGAAUAAACAACCUGGUAUUCAAACAUUAGAUCAUUAGGCUUUAUGACUUAGUUAUAACAGCAAUUUUUUUACACCUUUAUUUAACUAGGCAAGUCAGUUAAGAACAAAUUCUUAUUUACAAAGACGGUCUACCGGGGAACAGUGGGUUAACUGCCUUGUUCAGGGGUAGAACAACAGAGGUUUACCUUGUCAGCUCGGGGAUUCAAUCCAGCAACCUUUCGGUUACUGGCCCAACGCUCUAACCACUAGGCUACCUGCCGCCCCUAUUAAUUUUAGGCAGUUUAAACUGUACAUAAACCUCAAUGCAGCAUAACCAGACAGACAUUAGAAUGGUAUCCACUGGUCAAGAGAAGGGCUAGCAGUACCAGAGAGACAUGGAGAGGAACCAAUGAGGAAUGAAUGAAAGAGGUAGUGACCACCUGGAAUGAGGUGAGGUUAAAACAGCACACAACAGAAUAACAUAACACUGGAGAGGUAUUGUUGAGGCCCACAGCUCUGCUCCACCAGAGUGGCACAGAUGGGGUUUGUAAGUCCCAACGUAUUGGAGGAUAUGGUGCCUAAGUUGUGUAAGAUUGACAUUCACAGGUUUGAAAUGUACUCUUGACAUUCGGGAAGACCCUAGACCAGGUAUUAACAUAUUGUUCAUUGUGGAGCAGACAGACUAUGCAAAGCACAUCAUGUGAAGUGGGGUGAAAGGUCACACCGAAAUCUGAUCUUGAGACUGCAAGCACAUUCUUAAUUACAGAGAAUGAGAGGCAUACUCACAUGCAAUUUAGUAUGCAAGUGAUUUUGAGCCAUUUCUGUGUCAUAGAGGCAUGGGAUGAGAUAAGACUAUCACUAGGCCUGGAGUUGAUGUAGCUAGGCUGAAGUCCCAGUAUAAAAUGGUUAAUGACUAGUUCAGAGUGCCAGUCAGGAACUGAUUCCUUCAAUCCAAAUUCAGUCACCAAGUUAAAGUGGGCUGAGACUAUAAAAACCUGUUCACCACAUUGUUUAGAUAGCUCUGUUCUGGUCCUGUUAUUCAGAGACCAGUAGACAGCAGAGUUUAGAAGAGCCAAAGGAAGAGUGGCAACAACAGAGAAUCAGCCAGUGGGCUAUGGAGCUCUUAGUGUCGUUGAUGUGACACGCCCAGAGGCAACCAAGCUCCUGCGUGUUCAUUUAUGUAAACAAAGUGAUUGUUGUGCCAAAAAUAACUUGUUUUUAAAUCAUGCAUCUUCUGUUUUCAUCCUAUCCAACACAACUGUCAUGUCAAAUCAAUGUCUUAUGUUUAAUGGGCCUGACUGAUUCAGCAUGUACUGUACUGAACAGUAUGUUCAUAGGCCAUUCAUAACGUAGUGCAUAUGAAAGCUGUCAUAGUUACAACCAUCACCUCUGGUUUAAUGACACUAAUGACUGUAAAAUGGGUUUUACUAACAUGGAGCGAAAGGUCACACAGCAGUUAUGGACCAGUCAAUGGAGGAAUGUGUGUGUUAAAAAAAACUACUAUAGAAACCGAUAUUGUUAAAGUAUAGAACCUGCAAAAUAUUUUAUCAUCCAAAAGCAAGGGCUUUAUUCAGGCAUUACAAUACCCAAUAACAGGUACAGUGCCUUGCGAAAGUAUUCGGCCCCCUUGAAUUUUGCGACCUUUUGCCACAUUUCAGGCUUCAAACAUAAAGAUAUAACACUGUAUUUUUUUUGGUGAAAAAUCAACAACA